AGGAAUUCGUGUGAGGCAGAGUUUGGCAAGAAGGCAUCUCCGAGAAAAACACACACUUUAACUACUGCAGUGUAACGAACAAGACAGCUUUCUGUAAGAGCAACAGGAUGGCUGGAAGUUAAAUGAGUGUUCAGUCUCACACUCAGAGGGUCCCUGGUUACAUCUCCUCUCACCUUCUCGUCCAUGAUGCAGCAACUCUGUCAUUUUGCCUUUACUAUCCUGUGCAGUCUGUCUUUCCUCUCUGCUGUGCUUUCCUUACAGUGCAAUGACACACAAUAUUCCUGGCCAGUGACAGACUCCAAGUUUUGCUGUAACAAGUGCCAGCCAGGUAAAUAUAUGGUUCGGCGUUCACAAAAUGUGAAAUGUCAAAUUACAUGUGAAACUUGCAUGGAUGACCAUUACGCUGAUACCUACAACGUGGAGCUAUACUGCAAACAUUGUACAAGUUGCAAUAAACCUAACAUGGAGUAUAUGUCAGCCUGUAACAGCACCCAUGACACCGUGUGCAGAUGUAAAGCUGGCUAUGAAUGCAGAGAACAACCCUGCAAAGUGUGUGUGCCAAUACCAACCACCACCAAACCUACAACCACACCCACACCUGCCACCACACCCAAAAACUCUUCAUCCACUACAGUUCUUACAGAUACAGCAUGGUUCCUGAUCAUAAUUAUCCUCCUGUCUGUAAUACUCAGCUUUUUUGGUAUAACAAAAAUGAAGCCCUUUCUGCACUGGAUCCGAUCAAAGCACGGCUACCUUUUGGCUAAAACACCUGCACCAAUGCCACCAUUCCUAGAGGACGACAGCGUAUCCAAGCCUGUCCAGGAAGUAUGUGGGAAAUGUGACCAACCUCUUGACGUAUGAUGGGUUAAAGACUAGAUCCUGAACUUAAACUUGAACUUUUGAAAAAUUUCACUGGCAGGCAAUUAGUGACACGUGGCAGAUGCAAAACAUCUCUUGUUGCUUUGGACAUUUAUGAUAAAUGGAGGCAAACCAAAUGUCACUUGAUCCAUGCUGACGUAUGGAACCACAGAAAGACUGAUGCUCUUUCCUGAGAGGAAAUACGAGUGUUUGACAUCUGUGACGUUACAAAGAUUAAAGUGUAUGAAAAACAAAGAGAUUAGGGAUCUGAAAUCUCGAAAAUCUGGAAAUACAGAGUGUGGUGGUUAUGCACGAGAUAGAAAUUGUGCAGUGUGUUGAUAAAAGGGUAUGUACUGUAGUACACAAAAGUUAAAGAUAUUCUUUAUAUGUGUAUAUAUACUUUUUUUCUGUUUUGCAGUUGUAUUAUACAUAUAACAUGUGAAUGUUUUUAACUUGAUACAUUUCUACUUUGUUUUGUUAAUAAAACUUUAUUGUAAUCAAAUGCCUAAUAUUUAUGCAACAUUAAACAUUUAAAUCUAAUACUUUAGAGAGAUCUCAUUAAAGAAUAUUUACAUAUUUACAUAUUAAAUUAUAACUUACAAAAGAGAUCACCUUCCAGCUGUUCUUCCCAUGGUUCAAGCUUUCCCAGAGGCUGCAUAUAAAAAUAUCUCUGUAGAACACAUCUCUGUGAUUCACAGUUUGCCAAAGAAGGAUGAAUCUGCUACACACUCAUCUGUAGUUUCACAGU